CAUCCUUCUUUACUCUCUCAAACAGAGUCCUUUUGAACUCUGAAUAAUUCACUUUCAUUUAUCUGCAAAGUGAAACAGGCAAAUCUGAAUGGUUUUUGCUGUUAAUUUCUCUCAAAACCUCCUUUUCUGCAAGCCAUCUUCUCAUGGGAAAAGCACUUUAGAGGUCAAGUCUUGUUCACAGUCACACAACAAAGCAACCACUUCCCAUAUUCAAACAAAGAAACGGUGCUUGAGAUGCAACACCCUUUACUCAGAUCAAGAUAAUUCCCCACUUGCUUGCUCUUUCCACGGCCAUACCAAUGGAGAGAAGGGUCUAUUUUCAUUGUCUCCACCACACCAAGGAAUUGAUGGGGAUUGGAGUGAUAAAUCUGGAGUAAUUGUAUACAAAUGGAAUGAGAAGAAUAACAGGCCAAACACUGGGCGUGCCAAUUGGAAGAGAAGAUGGAGUUGCUGUGCUGAGUAUGAUGAGAAUGCCCCUCCCUGUAGACGUGGCUCCCAUGUUUCCUACGAUGAUGGUUUUACUUUGUAUUAGUUACAGUUCUUGUUCUCAAAGAUACAUGUUUGGUUCUUCUUUUAUGCUUUAACCAUAUUUUGCUUAGAGAUAUGGUCAAUGUAAAUUCUUAGACAUGAAUAUGAAGCUACAAACUUUAUGUUUAGCAUACCCAAUGAUGAGUUUAGCUUUGUGAAUAAUGAAAUUUCAUUUUUAUUAUUGGAGCUUGAUUCAGUUAGUUACUUCAAUUCUACAGUA